UGUUAAUCGAAAAUAAACGAAACUGUACAACUUUCAUCAAUGGGGGAAGAGAAGAAGGAAGUGGUGUUGUUGGAUUUCUGGGCGAGCAUGUUCGGUAUGAGGCUGAGGAUUGCUCUGGCCGAGAAAGGUAUUAAUUAUGAAUACAAGGAACAAAACCUAAUGGACAAGAGUCCCCUUCUCCUCCAGAUGAACCCGGUUCACAAAAAGAUUCCGGUUCUUAUCCACAAAUCCAGACCCAUCUGCGAGUCUAUCAUCGCUGUUGAAUACAUCGAUGAGGUAUGGAACCACCAACCCUUAAUUUUGCCAUCUGAUCCUUACCAAAGAGCUCAAGCCAGAUUCUGGGCAGAUUACAUCGACAAAAAGAUGUAUGAUGCUGGGAAGAGAAUUUGGACUAGAAAUGGAGAGGCUCGAGAAGAAGCGAAAAAAGAGUUUAUUGAAAUCCUGAAAGUGUUGGAGGGUGAACUUGGAGAGAAGGCUUACUUUGGAGGUGAGGAUUUUGGGUUGGUGGAUAUAACAUUGAUUGGGUUCUAUUGUUGGUUCUAUGCAUAUGAGAUGAUCGGGAAGUUUAGUGUGGAGGCUGAGUGUCCAAAGAUUGUUGCUUGGGCCAAUAGGUACAUGGAAAGGGAGAAUGUGGCUAAGUCACUUGUUGAUCCACACAAGGUCUAUCGGUUUGUUUUGGAUCUCAAAAAGAUAUAUGGCUUUGAAUAGUUAUUCACAUGUUCUUUAUGAUAUUG